CCGCGCGCGUUAUGACUGCUAAAGCACUGCUAUGAUGUUGUAUACGUUUUCCCUCGCUGUCUUUUGCACUUUUAACCGCUAACAAAAGUACAAAAUCAGGUGUAAACAGAAGUUGUAAUGUAAGAACUCCGAACUAGGAAUUCAUAUUUUUGAAUAGAGACGAACGGCUUGUGGUUCUGCUGCUCUGACCUGGUCCUGCUGGCAGUAUGUCUCAGACCACUCUGCUGGAGGAGGUUCUGCAGUGGAGUCAGGACACCUGUCGCCAGGAGCUCAAAUCUGUCUUGCCCAAACUCACCUCUUUGCAUCAUGAGUCUGAGAGCUGGGAUGAUCACAUACGUAUACUGAAGAUAAUCACAGACAUGUUCCUCCCUCAUAUUGGUUUGUCAGAGCUGGAGAAUGAGUGUUUCUCUAAGGUCCUACCAAAGGUGGCCAAAAUGUUUGACAAGCUAUUGGAAGAGAUCUCAAACCAAGUUGCAGGCCUGUCCAGUCAAAACACAGAAGUGCGGACCCUACUAAGGAACAUUCUGCAGGCAAUGGUGCAGAUAAUAGAUGCCUUGUCCACUUGUGUGCGUCAUGUUUGCUCAUUUGAGGAAGCUCCUGACCUGGAUGCCAUCCGCUCCCUACCCUCUUGCAUCCUCAAAGUUCUGAGGGACACUUUCCAGCACUGCAAGGAGAGCGAGGUGGUUUACUGUGGUCGCCUGUCCCUGGUGGCUGACCUGCUGCAGGGCCUCUUCAGGGAAGCCUACUCCCUCCAGAAGGGCCUGAUGGAGAUGCUGGACAGGAUGUCCCUCAACAGUAAUGCCUCAGAGGAGGAGGUCUCUGACAUUGUCACAGUGAUUCACAGCCUUCUGGACAUCUGCUCUAUCAUCUCCAACCUGGACAUCGCCCUGCAUGCCAACACAUGGAGAUUCAUCAUCAAACAGAGUUUAAAGCACCAGUCUUUGGUGGAGGAACAUCUCCGUCACGGUGACAUCAGCAGAAGCCUGUGUGAUAACCUGCUUGCCUCCUUCAGCAGCUGCCUGGAGCUGGCUGAACAGAUGAAACAUGCUGGGCUACAGGAUGCGACACAAAGCCCAGAAUACAAGCUGUUCCAAAAAACCACAAAGAUGUGCAGAUUCUUUGCCAACACUUUAGUUCAUUACAUAAAGGAAUUCAACUCUUUUCUGACAAAGUACUGUAGCAGCUUUCAUCAACUCUACCUCCAGGUCAUCAGCAAGUUUCCUCCGAGCUUGUGUGCUCCAGUGCUGCCUUCCCGUUUGUCGGAGGAGCUGAAAGUGGCGGCGCUGGUUCCUAUGGAAGCCCUGCUGUCCCAGCUGAUGCCCCUGCGGCCUUUCGCUGAGGCCGUCCUCCAGCAGGACCAGCGUUUUAGUCCUGAGUGCGAGCUUCCUCAGUGUCUUCUGCUGGUGAGCGUCUUGGGUCAGUUGGCAUCCCAACCAGAGGAGGUGCUGCAGCUUUGGUACAAAGGCAGCCAGUUCUCAGAAGAGACACCUAGGCUCCCUCUCUUCCAGGCUGUGUUUGAUAGUUUCCGGCGUUGCUGUGUUGAGCGUAACGUACCGGUGCUGUUGCCAGGGGUGAUGAUGAAGGGUCAGGCCCAGAGCAAGGUCACUCUGCACCACCACGUUUGUGUACAGCUCUGUGCCAAUGUGGCUGCACUCCCCAACGGGUACUUCACCAUGCUGGAACAUUGUUUGCUUAAGGCUGUGCUGCAGACUGAUACUCAGACUGCUCUGCUGGCUACAGAUGUGUGGUGCUUCACAGCACGGUAUGGGACAGCAGAACUUUGUCUACAUCAUGUCCUCCUCAUUGCUCAACUGGUGAAAACAUGUACCAGUGAGUGUUACCAGUUGUCCCACCUGGGCCUGCUGCUCAGACGCAUGGUGUUCCUCAUGACACCGAACCACCAGAUGGAACUGGUGGAGCGUUUUCCACCCUCGCAGAUGGAGAACCUUGCAGUGUGGCGUCAUAUCCUCCUCAGAGCUCUUUCCCAUGACACUUGCCUCCAUAUAGUGACAGACGUCAUCGCACUCUCUCAAAAAGUCCUGACUGACUGGCAGAAUGGAGGAUACAAACUGGGACAAGUGGACAAAGUGAACACGGUGCUGUUAUCCCUCCUAAUGGUGGUUCGAGUGGAAUCGUCCUCCGAGGAACAGUGUGUGUUGUCUGCACUGAGGAUGGCCACACAGCUGUGGCUGCGAAUGUGUCCCAACCAGGUGCAGACCUAUCCUGUGCUCCAGCAUACCCUGCAGCUGCUCCUGUUGAUAUCAGCCACAUUAGUGAAAAGCCUUGAACCUCAAGUCAUUGUCCAGGCUCUGGUGUGUGUGGCUGCUCUGGUGCCUCACAAGUGUGCGGAUGAGGUGGUGCUGGCUGCUUUGGAGUUCCUAGCCUCCCUUGGGAAAGUCUUUGUCCCUCAUGACAGUCAGAAUCAGAUUCUGCCCAGGCUGAGCAGUCUGUUUGGAGUUCUGCUAGCUGACAGAUCCUGGCUGCUUCAUCAACACGCCCUGGAAGCCUUUUCUCACUUUGCAGAGAUCACAAACCAUGAGGAGGUGAUCUCGCAGAGCUUGACUGUCGAAGAAACCAAAACCAAACUGGUGAAUUACCUCAGCAAGACUGUUAAUGCACAGGAAGAUGUGGAGUCACGGUUAGACAGACUCAAGUUGGAGACUCCCGUUAUUAAGCAACACAAUGAGAGACUGGAGACAAAAAAGGAAACUGCUGCCGACAAGCUGGCUGCCGAGGCUGCUGCUGAUUCAGAGCCGUGCCCAAAGCGAGCUCGGCAGGAGACCAGUACAGAGGAAGAGUACAGCCGCUACAUCCACACAGCUGAGAGCGCUCUGAAGGCCCUGCAGGCUCUCGCCAAGGGCGAGGCCAGCACUGCUGCCCCACCUCCUCAGUGGCUGGUAUCCAGACUACAGGAACUGCAGACUCUGAUAUCUCAAAUCAGCACAGCCCAACAAACCUAGCAGCUGUUGUUUUUCCAGCACCAGACCAACUGUUAGUUUUAUUUUCUGUGGAAAAUCUAUUAAAGCACUGUGUGUAGGCUAGUUCAAGUCUGUGUACCAUAUGCUGCUGUUUAUAUUUGUGUUUCCAUUCUCAAUUUUAAAUGGUUUAUACAGGAAAGGCCUCAGUGUAUAACUGAAAUCUAAAUGUUUAUUAAAAUUUAUUACAUUUGAUAACAGGCA